UCUCCACUGGGAAACAGCGACGCUCUUCAAAGCAGUUUUUUGUUGGACGUUGAACGUCGAUCAAGAUGAAUUAUGCUUAUAAAAAGACAGAAGAUGGCCACAUUAAUAGGUACCAGACUAACUUGGAGAGACAAAUUGAAAAGGGGGAUCGAAGUUUGGUGUGCAGGAAUGAGGAACUUUGUAAGGAAGUCAAGAUGCUCCUUCACAAUGGCAAUGCCUAGAAGAUACAUCACCUACAUGGAUUAGAUUCACUGGCAGUGAUGGAAAAAUCUCUCUAUGCAUUUCCCUCUAAAACUGGCCAAAUGGGGCUUGAAAAACUUUCCAAGGCCUUUGAAGUGUUGGAGCUCACUGCUUUAAACCUCUACGUCUACCCCUGGAGAAGAGAGUACAGACUGGUGAAGAUGUUUUCAGGUAUGUUCACCCAUUCGAUCAAACCUGCACUAACCCUUCAGCAGGCUAAAGAGCUGUUUGGUUUGCUUGGAUACCAGGCCUCAAGUCCUAAAGAAGAAGAGGAGUUGGCGCUGAACUCCAAACUAGUUCCUACUGAUUUCUUACUCAGCCUUGCAUGUGGCUUCUUCACUGCCCGGAUGGAGUGCCAGCUGCUACUUUUGGCCUUGGGCUCGGUGGACAGAGGUGUGGAGUGAGUUCUACAGCUAGUUAAGGAGAGGCAGGCAGGCCACAGUCUUCAGGUAGCACUAGAGAACACCAAGAGAAAGGCAGAUGCUGCUAGUGUUUCAGAUGCCAUCCUGACAGGUGGCAUGGACACUGAGCUGGAUCUGUACACAGAGCAGACAGAUGCUUCUCGCGUGACAUCCACGUCUUGUUCACCACCUCACUCUUCUUAUAUGCAACCAAAAGAGACUGAUCUAAGCAAGCCUUUACAGAAAGAGGCCUCACGGUCAAACAUGGGGAAUAAUGAGGAUGCAAGGCAGGGAGGACCACUCAAAAGUCCAGGUCCGAUGGAAAGCUUUGCUGAAGAUCAAACUGUGAAGGUGAUGCCCAGAGCCAAGCAGCAGCAAAAGUGAUAUGCAGCUGUAUGAAGCAAGGUUUGUUAAAUGUAUACCAAUGUGAGAAGUGCAAAAGUCUGCACUGUCCAUUUUGUGACUAUUAUAAGGAGUGCAAAAAUAAAUAACAUAAAUUAGCUCUGUGCCAUUUUAAGACCGAAGACCCUUUAUUCAUUACAAAACCAGCUCAGAAUGACCAAGGAAAAAUCUAAAGAUUCACUCAAGACACAUUUUUGUAUGAUGAAUUCUUCUUCUGAUUCAUUUUUGGUGUGCUAUGACUGUCAGUUGAUCCAUGAACACAACUGUGAUUUUAUUAAAGCAUGCCGAUUUAAUCACUGUAUUCCGUCUACGGGGACAGUGCAGCCCCCUCAAGGAGAAAGAGUGAAUGUUCAAAAGAGAAACACAUGUCAUUCUUCUGCACAUCAUAUGCAGUACCCCCAGGAAACGGUUGGAUCCAAAACACCUAAUGCACCAAUACCAUAUCACCGUGAUUGCUUGAAAGCUAACCAAACUUUUCCUGACACUAUGCCUUACUUGUGAAGUCUUUCAUUUCACUGGGUGUCCUGAUCUACGACAUUGCUCUCAAAAACACAAAAUACAUAAUAUCAGAACAUAUUGCACCACUUGCCACAGUUCUGAACUUAGCACCUUAUGCAGGUACUGUGGUGCUGUGUAUUGCCAUCUGUGUUGCUAUAAAAAUACCUUGUUAUGCAGGUGUGGAAAGCCUAUCCUCAGCUCUUCCUCUGUUUGAAAACAACUGUGUGUCAGUGUCGACCAUGUCUGGUUGAAGACGCUGUUUUUAAUCUGCAAAUUAAGCCUGUUAUUAUUUUGGUAAUUGCACAAGGAGUCUGAAAUUCUGGGGGAUAGAAACAUGCAAUCUGUUACACUUUUAAUUUUUGAUAUCAGUGGUGUCUUUAUGUGAUGAUAAGAGCCGUAUAUUACAAAAAUUAUUAAGUUCACUGUAGAGUUAACUAUCUCUUACUAAUGUCACUCAGUAACAAGGCUUGUAACUGUCUAAUGGUGAGAGUAUGUGAUGGCCAGCCCAAUAUUUGAUAAUUGUAAUGUAUUCAGUAACUGGUUCAGCACGUUUUGAUGGUUGAAAAUGAUGGUUUGGGGUCUUAGCAACUAACCAAUGAUCUCUAACCAAUCACCAUGUUGCUUAGAGAGAUAUACUGCCAUAUAAUUAUUAAAUAUAACGUACAUGUCAGUUACUGUGAUGGUUUAUUGGAAUUAAUAUAAAAAUAAA